AUGUCUUCCAAGAAGGGACAAGUGAAAGGCGAUUUUCCGCUUUCUCGAGAAGAUGCCACCCAACAACCUUCCAAAUCUUCUUUGGUGUCUGGUGCUGAGGAGGUGUCGUUUCCAAGAGGUGGUGCGUCUGCUCUGACUUCAUUAGAGUUGAAACAAGUUUCCAAUGAGGCUGCUAAUGAUGUUCUAUUCGGUAACAAUGGUAAGAAGAAAAGAGAGAGUCCAUCCACAGGCUCUAAGAGUAAGAAGAGCAAUAAGAAAUCUAAGAAGGCUGAUGCUACUGAAUUAGAAUUGGUGGAUGAUGAAGAUGACGAAUUUGCUAUUAUACAGCAUGUUAAUUUCAAAAACCUGAAAGUCGGUUCACAAUUAUUAGGUCAAAUUAGUUCCAUAACUAGAAACGAUUUGCGUAUUUCUUUCACAGAUGGUAUCAAUGGUUAUGUACCAAUAACAAAUAUAUCUGAACAGAUUACUGAUAUUUUAACACAAAUUGACGAGGAAAUGGCGGACUCAAGCGAUGAUUCCGAUUCUGAUGAAGAAUACGAAUCAUCUGACGACAAAUCAGAAAAGAAAAAAUUAACAGAAAAACCAAACUUGAUUGACUUAUUCAAAGUAGGCCAAUGGUUAAGGUGUUCUGUAACGGAAAACACAGCUUUAGACGCCACUACCAAAAAGAAGCGUAGGCUGGAGUUAAGUAUUGAGCCUUCUGCUGUCAACACCUUUUCAGCAGACGAUUUGAAUAAAUUUUCUACAGUACAGUGUUCGGUGAAGAGUAUAGAAGAUCAUGGUGCCAUCUUAGAUUUAGGUAUCUCUAAUUUCACAGGUUUCAUCUCCAAAAAGGACAGCAAAACGUUCGACAAUUUAAAACCAGGUCAUGUUUUCUUGGCAAACAUUAUUAAUAAAUCUGAUAGAACAGUAACUGUUAACCAAGUCUUCAGUAAGAAAAAUAAAGUAUCACAUAUUUCCUCAAUUGAUUGCGUCGUUCCAGGUCAAUUAGUUGAGUUUUUAUCUGAAAAAAUUGGUGGUAAUGGUAUUUUUGGUAAAGCUUUCGGUUCAAUUGCUGGUUAUAUAACUGAUAUUCAUUUGGAGACAUUUUCUGAAGAAAAACUAAAAGAGAAAUUCCCAGUCGGUCAAAAUGUCCCGGCAAGAAUCAUUGCUAUUUUACCAAACAAGGAAGGUGACAAUGUGUUGCUUUUGUCUGCACAAACCCAUAUUAUCUCAUUAACCUCUGUGUUGUCUGAAAUUGAAAAUCUAGAAGCAUUCCCAAUUGGGUACACUUUUGACUCUGCCACAAUUAAGGGCCGUGACUCUAGUUUCUUAUACUUAACAUUAGAUAACGAAAGAGUAGGUCAAGUUCACAAUAAGAAUAUUGGUUCAGCCUUGGAAUCAGAAAAAAUAUCUGCUAGAGUUUUAGGUUAUACUUCAGUUGACAAUGCAUUCCAAUUAUCUACCGAUCCAGAAAUGUUGGCAAAGAAGUAUGUCAGAGCUAUUGAUAUUAAGAUCGGUGAAGUAUUAACAAAUUGUGAAAUUACAGCUGUGUCAACUGAAGGUAUUCAAUUAAAGCUUUUCGGUGGUCAAUUUACUGCUUUUGUUCCACCAUUACAUAUAUCUGAUACCAAAUUAGUUUACCCAGAAAGAAAAUUCAAAAUUGCCAGUAAGGUCAAAGGUAGAGUAUUGAAUGUUAAUGAUAGAGGUCAUAUUUUUGUCACUCUAAAGAAAACGCUAGUAAAUACCACCGAUGAUGAUGACUUCACAAUCAUUACUUCAUAUGAUGAUGCUACAGCUGUUAAAGAAUCAAAUUCCAAGACAAUUGCAACUGUUCUGCAAUUCCGCCCAGCGGGUGCUGUGAUUUCUUUCUUCGGUGGUGUGCGUGGUUUUAUCCCAAACUCUGAAAUAUCAGAAGCUUUUGUUAGAAGACCUGAAGAACAUCUUAGAUUAGGACAAACAGUUAUUGUCAAAUUACUUGAGGUAUCCGGAGAAAGGUCAAGAAUUGUUGGUACAUGUAAAGUUUCUGCUGCCAAGUCUGCCGAACAAAAAGAUCUAAUAAAAUCUUUUGUUUUAGGUAGAACUAUCAUCGAUGUGGAAGUCAUUGAAAAGACGAAAGAAUCUGUAUUGGUUGAACUAAAGGAUUCAGAAUUAAGAGGUGUUAUUAAUGUCGGUCAUUUAUCAGACUCUAGAAUAGAACAAAACAGAGCUGAAUUAAAGAAAAUAAGAAUUGGUUCGAAAUUAAGAGGCUUGAUCAUCGAUAUUGAUUCCAAAACUCAAAUUUUUAACAUGAGUUUGAAGAAGUCACUAAUUAAAGAUGCUGAAAAGGAAAUUUUACCAAUAAAUUAUCAACAAAUUGUUUCAGUAGGUAAAUCAACUCCACUUCAUGGUUAUGUCAAGUCUGUUUCGAACAAAGGUGUUUUCGUCGCCUUUAAUGGUAAAUUUGUUGGUCUGGUUUUACCUAACUUUGCUGUUGAAAGCAGAAAAAUUGACAUUAACAGUAUUUAUUAUGUCAACCAAUCUGUUACCGCAUACUUAUUGAGAUUCGAUGAUGGCAAGGAAAGAUUUUUAUUGUCUUUAAGAGAUGAAAAACCAAAACAAAAGGAAAACACUAUAACCCCAGCUUCUCUAUUAAAUCCAGUCGAUUCAUCUGUUUCUAACUUUGCUGAUUGUACUCUUGGAAAAUUUAUCAAAGCCAAGAUUACUGCUGUUAAAAAGAAUCAAUUAAAUGUUAAUAUAGCUGAUAACUUGUUUGGUAGAAUCCACAUCGCUGAAGUUUAUGAUAAUCUAAAACAAAUUAAGGACGCUAAACAUCCAUUAUCCAACUUCAAAGUUGGUGAUAUUGUCAACGUCAAGGUUAUCGGUUUACAUGAUUUUGUUAACCAUAAAUUUGUUUCAAAAUUUUCAGAACUAAAGGCAAAGAGUAUUCUAGAACUAACAAUGAAACCUUCUGAAAUGAAAUCCAAUGAAGUUAAAUUGUUGAAAGCAAGUGACUUGGAAGUUGGUCAAGAUAUUGUUGGUUUUGUUAAUAAUGUCAAAGAUAGCACAAUCUGGUUAUCAAUAACGCCUUCUUUACAUGCCAGACUUUCUUCUUUUAACUUAACAGAAAAUUCCAAUGAUUCUAAUGGCGAAUCCUUAAUAGGUUCUGCUCUAAAGGUUCAAAUUAAAUCUAUUGACUCUAAAAAUAACAGCUUAAUUGUUAAAACAGAAUCUGAUUCAGUUGUUGAUAUCAAUGUCGGUUCCACAGUUGAUGCUAAAAUUGUUAAGGUUACCGACAAGCUUGUUUUAUUACAGUUGCGCAAUGGUUCGAAUGCUGUUUCAUAUAUCACUGACGCAUUAGAUGAUUAUUCUAAAACAUUACCAGAAGUUUAUGGCAAUAUGAUUAGUAAAAUAAUACCUGCUACCGUUUUAGCUUUCAAUGCUGAAAACAACAAAAUUAAGUUAUCUUUGCGUUCAAAGGGUGCUUAUUCAUUACCAACUGUUCACACAGAUCUAAAACCAAAUGACAUUGUUAAUGCUAUAGUAAAGAAUGUUACAGAAAAGGGUAUUUUUGUAGCCUUGAGUAGCAAUUUAGAUGCCUUUGUUCCAAUUUCGAAGCUUUCUGAUUCUUACUUGAAAGAAUGGAAGGCCUUCUUUAAACCAAUGCAACCUGUUGUCGGUAAAGUUGUCACUUGUGCUAAUAAUUCUAGAAUUUUAUUAACAUUGAAGGAAUCUGAAGUCAAUGGUGAAAUUCAAAUUCUAAAGAAUUAUAAUGAUAUUAAGGUUGGUGACAUAUUUAGCGGUGUUGUUAAGAAUGUAGCCGAUUUUGGUGUCUUCGUGAAAUUAGAUAAUACACUAAACGUUUCUGGUUUAGCUCACUCUUCGGAAGUUGCUGAAUCAGUUCCAGAAGAUCUACAAUCUCUAUUUGGUCCCGGUGAUAAAGUUAAAGCAUAUGUUUUAAAGGUAAACCCAGAAAAGAAACAAUUAUCAUUAAGUUUAAAAGCUUCCCACUUCUCAAAAACCAAUUCUGGUAAAUCUGCUAAUGACUCUUCAGAUGAGGAUGGAGAUGUUAUUAUGGAAGAUGCUGAAUAUAACAAUGUUUCGGAUGCUGGAUCCGAUGUCGAAGACACCACAACCGUUAUUACUAAGCAAGCUGUUAUGUCCACAGACGGAUUAAGUUUAAGUGCUGGAUUUGACUGGACUGCUAAGAUUUUAGAUCAAGCUCAAUCCGAUGAUGAAUCUGAAGAAGAUGAAGAUUUCACUGAAACCAAAAAGAAUAGACACAGAAAGAAGAGAGCUCAUGUUGUUGAAGACAAGACUAUUGACAUCAAUACAAGAGCUCCUGAAUCUGUUGGUGAUUUCGAACGUUUGAUUAUGGGUAAUCCAAACUCAUCAGUAGUAUGGAUGAACUACAUGGCUUUCCAAUUGCAAUUAAGUGAGAUUGAUAAAGCCAGAGAAAUUUCUGAAAGAGCUUUGAAGACAAUAAACUUCAGAGAAGAAGCUGAAAAACUAAAUAUAUGGAUUGCUAAGUUAAAUUUGGAAAAUACAUUCGGUUCCGAAGAAACUCUAGAGGAUGUAUUCAAGAAAGCUUGUCAAUAUAUGGAUUCAUUCACCAUCCACUCCAAGUUAUUAAGUAUUUUACAAAUGUCUGGACAAACCAACAAGACAGCCGAAUUAUUCAAAACUACCGCUAAAAAGUUUGGUUCUGAAAAGGUUUCUAUUUGGGUAUCUUGGGGUGACUGGUUAAUUUCUCAAAAGCAAUCAAAUGAAGCACGUAACAUUCUAUCUUCUGCAUUGAAGGCUCUACCAAAACGUCACCACAUUGAAGUUGUAAGAAAAUUCGCUCAACUAGAAUAUGCUAAGGGAGACCCAGAAAGAGGUCGUUCAUUAUUUGAAGGUUUGAUUGCUGAUGCAGGUAAGAGAAUCGAUAUCUGGAACGUUUACAUUGAUCAAGAAAUCAAAGUCGAUGACAAAAAGAAGGUCGAAGAUUUAUUUGAGCGUGUGAUACAAAAGAAAAUCACCAGAAAACAAGCUAAAUUCUUCUUCAACAAAUGGUUACAAUAUGAAGAAGGUAAAGAGGAUGAGAAAGCAAUUGGGUAUGUCAAAGCGAAAGCAACUGAAUUUGCUGAAAGUCAUCCAAAAGCUGCUGCAGAAGAACAAUAG